AUGAAAAUACGGGGACGACGUGUUAUGAUGUUUACAAAAGCCAAUGAUCCAGAUUCAAAAAAAGCUGAACAAAUAUUUGAAGAAUAUUCUUUACCAAAAGAUACAUAUGAAUUUGUUGAUAUUGAAAAACGACAAGAUUGUAGACAAUUAGAAAAUUAUUUUCGAUAUCUUUGUUUUACUGAUCGUCGUCAAAGUCCAUAUAUUUUUAUUGAUCAGCUUUAUUUUGGCUCUUUAUUUGAAUUGAAUAUUUGUCAUAAAAAUGGUUCAUUAAAACAAGCUGUGUCUUAA